GCAACGGGGCUGGAUCCGGCUCUUCGGGUGUCACGUUCCUUCGGUUUCCUCCUUGCGCGGGAAGCCCGGGCGGCCGCACGUGCAGCCGUGCCCAGGCUCCUCCCCUUCCCGCCCCUGGUCCCCGGUCCCAGGUCCUCGGUCCCCUGAUCCACCUCCGGGUACUGCCUCUCCAGCCCACCGAGAUGGCGCUCGACCCUGCAGAAGAGCAUCUCAGACACGUUGAAAAAGAUGUUUUGAUCCCGAAAAUAAUGAGAGAGAAGGCCAGAGAGAGGUGUUCUGAACAAGUUCAAGAUUUUACCAAAUGUUGCAAGGAUUCCGGGAUCCUCAUGGUAGUGAAAUGCCGGAAAGAAAAUUCUACACUGAAAGCUUGUCUAACUGCUCACUAUACGGAUCCAGCCUUUUAUGAAGAGUGCAAAAUGGAGUACCUGCAAGAAAGAGAAGAAUUCAGGAAAACUGGAGUUCCUGCCAAGAAAAGGCUACAGAAGCUUCCUACAAGCAUGUAGGCAAAUAUUUAAAUGAAAUUCAGGGAUUCUAAUAUUUACAGAAGGUACAGUCAAUUGAAUUAUUGCAGUCUAAGAUAAGGAAAUGCUUUUGCUUUAUCCAAAAUUAUGGAAAUAAAAAAUUUUCGAUUUUUGAAAUA